AUGGCAUGGAAUCUCGUACAGCGCCUACAGUCAAACACGUUUGUCGAGUACAUCUGCGACGAGGUGCUCGAUACGCCCGGUCGCACGGUUGAAAUGAACUUACUCGGUGGCGAUAUAUUUAUUACUGACCGCGCAGAAAACAUCAAGGCGAUCCAGGCGGAUCAGUUUGCAGAUUUUGCGAAAGGCCAGACCCCGCACGAUGUUUUUAGUAGCAUUUUGGGGGAUUCGGUGUUUACGACGGAUGGGCCGCUAUGGAAGACGAGUAGGGAACAGCUGGAGCCGCAUGUUUCUCGUGUCCGUUCGGAUGAUAUUCCGACCGCUGAGAGGCAUAUACAGAAGCUUCUAAGACUGAUUAAGGAUUCGCCUGAGAAGGUCGAUGUGUAUGAUGUGGUUGAUAGGUUCCAACUUGACCUGGUGAGCCAAGUCUUCCUAGGCGAAUCCACGAAUUCGCUAUCUGCGAACGAACAGCCGUUCCGUAAGGCAAUGGAAGAGCUUCUGACUUUCAACACCAAUCGCCUUCUAUUCGGACGUCUUGCAAACUUGUUUCCCGAUUGGCUUUUCGUUCCUAGAGCGUAUCGUGAAUUGACACGAUAUAUCAACGAUCUCAUCAAUAAAACUUUGGCGCUGCCGAUCAACAAUCAAACAGAUUCGAAGACGAAGAAGGAGUUUAAUCUUGUAGAAGAUCUGGUUGCUACGCAUCCGAAUGACCGGUAUUUUAUUAGAGGUCAACUAAUUGCGGUGUUGAUGGCUUCGAAGGAUCCAGGUGCCAUUCUAACUACUUGGACAAUAUACCACCUGGCCCGCCAACCAACACUGUAUAAAAAGCUUCAACAAGAGAUCGAAGAGCACAUUGGAAUGGAUGAGAUUCCUUCGGUGGAGCAGCUCAGAAAACUAGAUCUGCUUGCCAAUACAGUCAAAGAGUCUAUGAGAAUGUACCACCCACUCGGCCUUAAUAUUCGAGAGGCUAGGAAAGAUGCAAUUUUGCCUGUCGGAGGCGGCCCGGAUGGAAAUGAUCCCAUUUCUGUGUCAGCUGGACAAAUCAUUGUAUAUUCAGUCGCAGGUCUUCAGCGCAACAAGACCACAGUAGGUGCAGAUGCCGAUGUGUGGGAUCCUUCACGAUGGGAAACAUGGUCGCCACAGUAUGGUCACUAUCUACCCUUUAGUGUAGGCCCACGCCAGUGUCCUGGGCGGGUUUUUGGCCGUUUCCAGAUUCAGUAUAUCUUAGUGCGGCUUCUACAGGAGUUUGAGAGCAUCACGUGGUGUGGGCUCAAUGGGACUGAGGACAUUAGUACGGAAGAAAUGAAGAUCAAGGUUGAGCUAAACCUCAAGUGCGCUGAGCCGGUUAUUUGUAACUUCACUCCUCGUCGUAAGAAUGUCGCUUAG